AUGGCUGAAGAAGACAUUAAAGCAAUUAAUUUGUUAUUCCAACGUCCACUUGAACCAUCAUUCACAUCGCGAGACGAUGGAAGUUCAUCACUCGUUUUACCAGAAUCAUAUUUGACGGAAAACUAUAAGGAUACGUCAAAAGUUCAAGUUGAUAGCCGUUUCGGUGAUAAUAUUCAGCUUAAGAUUCCAGUGAGAGAAGUUCCACCGCCAAAUUUAGAUUUCACUAGCGCUGUGCCGCUAAAACGUCCAUUCUCUCUAUUUAAUGAUAAACAUAAGGAAUGUGCUGGACAAUUAAUUGAUAUAUUUUUGAAAGCACCUGAUCCUAAAAGUUUUAUAUCGGUUAGCACUUAUGCUCGAGAACGAAUCAAUCCUUUCUUAUUUCAAUAUUGUUUUUCCGUCGCCUGUCAACAUCGUAAAGAUAUUGGUAACUCAGUUAAUGUACCAACUAUCGUAGAACUUUUCCCUCAAAAUUUUGUUGAGCCAGGAACUUUUCGUGAUGCUCGUGCAGAAGGUACUCUUAUAAGUCAAGGCGAUAGAACAAAAAUUGAUAUUCCACAAAAUUAUACUGCAUCCGAUCGUGAAGAAGAACAAAGACUUUUCUAUUUUCGUGAAGAUAUUGGUGUAAACAGUCAUCAUUGGCAUUGGCAUUUAGUAUAUCCUGAUAGCGGACCUUUAGAAGUAGUAAAUAAAGAUCGACGCGGUGAAUUAUUUUACUAUAUGCAUCAUCAGAUCAUUGCCAGAUAUAAUACUGAAAGAAUUUGUAAUCAUUUAGCUAAAUUAAAGCCAUUCAAUAAUUUAGAUGAACCGAUUAAAGAAGGAUAUUUUCCAAAAAUUUUAAAUAGUUUGAAUAAUCGUACAUAUCCAGGAAGACCGAAUAAUAGUAAACUACAUGAUGUUAAUCGAGAUGAUAAUAUUAUACAAAUUGGUGAUGUUAAACGUUGGGUUGAUCGAGUUCAUGAAGCUAUUGAUAAGGGAUUUGCUACAUCAACUCGAGGACAAAAUAUGCCAUUGGAUGAGCUACGAGGUAUUGAUAUACUUGGUAAUAUGAUUGAAGCAUCUGCACUUACUCCAAACCGUCAAUAUUAUGGAAAUUUACAUAAUAUGGGGCAUAAUUUGAUAUCUUUGUGUCAUGACCCGGAAAGAAGACAUUUAGAAGAAAUUGGCGUUAUGGGUGAUGUCAGUACUGCAAUGAGAGAUCCUAUAUUCUAUAGAUGGCAUGGAUUUAUUGAUGGAAUAUUUAAAAAAUACAAAGAUUUAUUACCACCUUAUCAACCAAAUGAAUUGUCAAAUGAUGGAAUUGUUGUUAAUGGCAUAGAAUGCAAAAUAAUGAGCACAGGUAGAACAGCACCAAAUCAAUUGUUAACUUAUUGGCAAAAAUCUGAUGUUGAUUUAGCAGCCGGUCUAGAUUUUGGUCCAAAUGGAAAUGUUUUUGCUGAAUUUACUCACUUGCAACACCCUCCAUUUGAAUACACAAUUAAUGUUUCAAACAACAGCGGCACUCAAAAAUCAGGAACAUGUAGAUUAUUUUUGUGUGUAAAGCAAGAUGAGAGGGGAAUGGAUUUGAGCUACAACGACCAACGUGAUUUUGCUAUUGAAUUGGAUAAAUACCAAGUAAAUAUGAAACCAGGUCAAAAUGUCAUAAAGAGACGUUCUGAUGAAUCAAAUGUUACCAUACCGUUCCAUCGUUCCUUCCGUCGUGUUGGUACAAAAUUUCAACCAAAAGAUCCUGGUGAAAAAGCUAUUUUCCAAUUUUGUGGUUGUGGUUGGCCAGAUCAUUUACUAAUUCCAAAAGGUCGAAAAGAGGGAAUGCAGUUUGAUUUGUUUGUAAUGAUUUCCAAUUAUGACGAUGAUGCCGUCACCCAAACAAACAGUGCUGUAAAUCCAUGUGGUGAUGCUUACUCAUUUUGUGGUCUUAAGGAUAAAUUGUAUCCGGACAAGCGUGCUAUGGGUUUCCCAUUCGAUAGAAUGUCAGAUGCUGCAACAUUGGAUGACUUUAUUGCUCCUUAUCCAAAUAUGAAGAAACAAAUUAUUACAAUUACAUUCCAGGAUAUUUUGGUAGACAGAACUAAAUAA